AUGGAGACGAUAUGUGAUCCAGCUUGUGCUAAUGGAGGCACUUGUAUUAAUCCAAACCAAUGCAAGUGUCGUGUUGAAAACACAGGGCGAUUUUGUAAACAAAGUAGGCAAAAACUUCAAAUAUCAUGGGAUGGAUGGAAAGAUGAACUAGCGGGAAUCUUUAGAUAUAAUUGGGAAAUACAUCAUCUGAGAGCUGAUGCUCUCGGAAAUUUGAUCGAAGCCUCACCAAUGGAACCUUUUUACUCAAAAACCAUGUUCAAGGAAGAAUAUAAGCCAAUUAUUUACACUCCACCUGAACCUGGAAUGUAUUCCAUAAUUCUGGAUGUAGCAGAUAAGGCAAAUAACUCAAGGUUCGCACGACAGUUCGUGCUGUAUGAUCCUGUGUCCAAUAUAACAACCGACGAAACAUUUAAGCUAUACGUUUCAAGUGCCGAACGGGAAACUCAUUACAACUGGCAGUCUAAUAUACAAAACCAGAUGCUAAAUGGUCCAUCUCUGAGUGUUUCUUGGAAAGGACAUUUCAGAAACAAGUUUCACGAAGAUAAUCAGUUGUUGAAUUCUAUUAACUCAUUCCAUGUAACAGCAAUGGAUGGGAUGUACCUUAAAAAUGUAGAUAACAAACUAGACGAUGUGAGCGGAAACAGAACCCGGAAAGCGAUUCCUAAUAUACAUGGAAUUGUAUUGUUUGAGAUUGCAUCUGCUGUUGACUCCCAGGGUGGAAAGACAAUUACAGAGAUACCAACGGCAAUUAGCAGUUGGAAAAAUGUAGACAACUUUUUACAUGAAAAUCAAACAAUAGAUGUUACACUAAGUGAUGGAGAUACCGUGCGCAUCUGGGUACGAUCAAAAGACAUCAUGGGAAAUAUCAAAGUAGAUAGCACUGUAGUUCAUAUUGACACUACUCCACCAACAAUAACUACAGUUGAUUUAGAUCCAAAUGUCAACAAUACAAAAUUUGAUUUUGCAAGCAGGGUAGUUAUCAGUACCAAUGAUGAAGAAAGUGGAAUCGAUAAAAUUGAAUGGAGAAUUAAAGAUAAAAAAACUGGCAAAGAUUUUGAAAGUGGUAAAUUAAGUGGAAAUAAAACAAAUAAUAAAACGUAUACGACUGAUGAUGGAAUGGAAGAUAUUUACCUGUAUGGGGGAAUGAAAAUUAAUAACCCUACAUGGCUUAUACAACACACAAAAAUAGUCCUUGAAGAUAAAAUAAACAGCGGUAGAUUUGCUGAUAUCUUCAAAGCCAGAUAUGACACAAAACAGAAUGACAUGACAACUGUUGUGGCCAAAACAUUACAAGCAAACUACAAUGACGACAAUAAUCUGGUAAUGAUGGCGAAAAUUAACUUCUUUGCAACAAAAGUUGGAAAACAUCGCAACGUUCUUGGAUUCAUUGGAGCUGUUACUGAUAACACUCAUCUUGGACCUUAUAUGGUAUUGGAGUAUUGCGAAGAAGGAAAUCUAAGAGACUGGCUUUUAAAAAAGAAGGAUAAAAUAGGAGAUGAAAUGAUAGAACAAUUAUUUCAGAUUGUUUUUGGGGUAGCAACCGGAAUGGAAUACUUGGCUUCAAAACAGAUUGUUCAUCGAAGAUUGGCGGCAAGGAACAUUUUACUUCCUUUUACAUUGAUACCGAAGAUUUCUGGAUUUGGGCCUACACCAAAUGAUGAAACAAAAGAUAAGAAUGAUAUAACAAAGGAGAGAGUACCAGUAAAAUGGAUGGCACCAGAGUGUACUUUGUCUACAGUAAAUGCAACCACAAAGAGUGACGUUUGGUCCUAUGGAAUUGUUAUGUGGGAAAUUCUAAGUUUAGGCGAAACUCCAUACGGAGGAAUUUCAAGCCGAAAUGUUCCAGACAGAAUACAGAAUGGACACAGACUUGCACGACCUGAGUAUAGCACAGAUACACACUACAAAAUAAUGAAAAAAUGUUGGAGCCUUAAACCAGAAGAUCGUCCCGUAUUUAAAAGCAUUGUAAAGGAAUUCGACAGCACAUUCCGGACAAGCCCAUCUGAUGAUUAUUAUUAUGAAAUGCAGAAAUGAACAACGACGUUCGUGAUAACACAGAUGUAGCUUCCUUCAAUAAUGCUGUAGAAAAAUUUCUUUUUGAUUCUUAACCAUUUGUUUGAUACCUUCUCAGUUGUAAUGACGAACAUGUUUGAAUUUUUAAUUUUUUUAGCAUCUUUUUGUGACGUAGCAAUAUGUUAAAAUAUUGUCAUAAUAUGCUUUACAGUAACUCGCUGAUUUGUAAGUUUUGUUUGCCAGGAUUUGUGUACGAGUGGUAGUUUUUUGUUGUUGCUUAAAUUAAAGAUUUUUAGUUGAUAA